AUGGCCAUGCAUCGUGAAACUUGGGCUUUUGUCUUUGGCCUUCUAGGCAACAUCAUUUCCUUUGCAGUGUUUCUUUCACCUGUGCCAACUUUUUACAUAAUCUUCAAGAAAAAAUCUGCUGAAGGAUUUCAGUCACUUCCUUAUGUUGUCGCACUUUUCAGUGCAAUGCUUUGGAUUUACUAUGCAAUUGUGAAAAGAGAAGCUGCUCUUCUUCUCAUCACCAUUAACACUUUUGGAAUUGUUGUUGAAUCAGCUUAUCUCAUAAUCUUCCUCAUUUAUGCCUCAAAGAAAUCUAGGCUUUCUACUGUAAAACUACUUCUCUUGCUGAAUGUGUUCGGAUUCGGAGCCAUGCUUCUAUCAACUCUUUACCUCGCCAAGGGAGCGAAGCGUCUUGCUAUUAUCGGAUGGAUUUGUCUUGUUUUCAACAUAAGUGUUUUCGCUGCACCACUCUUCGUCAUCAGCAAAGUCAUAAGGACGAGGAGCGUCGAAUACAUGCCAUUUUUCUUGUCCUUCUUUUUAACCAUCAAUGCUGUUAUGUGGUUCUUCUAUGGCCUUCUCCUCAAGGAUUACUAUGUUGCUCUACCAAAUACACUUGGAUUUGUGUUUGGCAUAAUUCAGAUGGUGAUAUAUUUGAUAUAUAGAAAUGCAACACCAGUGCUUCAGGCACCAUUGAAGGGCCAAGAAUUGAGUGGUGGCCAUAUCAUUGAUGUUGUGAAGACUGGAUCUGAACACAAUCCUGCAGGUGGAGGAGGUGCGGUUAGCAAAUUCUGA